GUGGACUCCAUUUUUCGCGUGCCAGAUCGUUUUCCAAACAACUACAGAAAAACGAACUGAUAAUAAAAAAUCUCAAUAAAUUUUAAUAGCAAAUUAAUGUUUGAAAAUUGCACGAUUUUUGCAUUAUCCUUCCAUGCUUUCAACCGCACUUGUCAUAACUGUCAAACAACCGCGUAGCAGUUGCAACAACAACAAAAGCAUGUGCGCAGUGCGGUGAUUCCGUUUCGGUCCCUCCGUUCGAUCCGCUCGGAAUCGUGUUUUAAGUGUCCUUUUUGCUGUUUUCCUUCUCCCACCAUACGCUGCUGUUUCGAAUAUCAGAUAAUUGUACAUACAUUGUUUCGUGUAUUAACUGCACUGCGGUGUGUGGGUUUGUGUUAGUUCCCCUUGUUUCCUUUUUUAUACAUCAGUUCCGCUGCACUAGUUGCUUUCGCAUAAGUUAGGUUUAACUGAUUGAAAAUGAGCGAUGAAGAAGAUUGUCCUCCGCUGUGCGACAUGGACACUACGGUGGAUGAUUCCAACGGCGAGGACGAUGAAUGGGAGGUUGCCGAGGAGCAGAACGACCCGGUGAAAUGUUUGUUCUGUGAAAGCAUCUCCCCAACAAUGACGGUAGCCAUACGACAUGCCAAACAGCAGCACGAUUUCGAUCUUGCCGGCGUCCGGCGAAGGUUCCACCUGGACGAGUAUUCGUACAUCAAAAUGAUUAACUAUAUUCGACGCGAGAAACCUGGCCCGGAGCAGUUCAAGACGGCUACCGGGAGCAGCUUUCCGUGGGCCGACGACAAGUAUCUCAAACCGGUAGAGAACGAAACGUGGCUAAUGUUCGACCUGGACGAGCUGGACGAAAUAAUGCUCAGCAACGGUACCGGCGGUAAUGGGGCGUCGGUAGAGAAGGAAAAUGGCAACGACAUCGGUGAUACGAUGACGCUUACCACCGACCAGUACCGCAAAUUACAGGGAAUAAUUAACGACCUGACCGCACAACUACGCGAGAAGGAAAACCUUCUACAGCAUGCCGCCAGCAGUAUAGAGAAGAUGAAGGAAAGCUUUCGCAAUGUGCUGGCCGAACAGCAGCAACCGAGCGCGGGCGAGAAUGGCAAAGCGGACGCAGACGAUGCAGGAGGCGACAAAAAGCUGGAACAGAUCAAGCGUAAGCUAGAGCACUGUGUUAGCAGCGUAUCGGUGGACGACGAUCAGAGCUAUUUCAACACGUACUCGCACUUUGGAAUUCACCAUGACAUGUUGAGCGAUGAAGUUCGCACCUCAAGCUACCGGGAUGCGAUCCUGCGAAAUGCCGACAUAAUGAAGGAUAAAACGGUGCUCGAUCUCGGUUGCGGCACGGCCAUUCUGUCGAUGUUCGCCUCGAAAGCUGGAGCAAAGGAGGUGAUUUCUGUCGAUCAGUCGGACAUCAUUUACCAGGCGAUGGACAUUGUGCGCAAAAACAACAUCGACAACAUUCGGUUCGUGAAGGGACGGCUGGAGGAUACGGAGCUACCGGUCGAGAAGGUCGACAUCAUUGUGUCCGAAUGGAUGGGCUACUUUCUGCUGUUCGAGGGCAUGAUGGACAGUGUAAUCUACGCCCGCAAACAGUAUCUCCGUGAGGGCGGAUUGAUUUUGCCAAAUCGCUGCAACAUUAGCAUUGCCGGGUACGGUGACCUCGAGCGGCACAAUGAAUUCAUCGGCUUCUGGAAAAAUGUGUACGGGUUCGAUAUGUCGUGCAUGAAGAAGGAGGUGCUGCGGGAAGCGACGGUAGAAGUUUGCAAACCGGAGCACAUUAUCACGAAUGCGAACAUCAUUGCCAACUUUGACCUGAUGGAGGUGGACGUUGACUGUCCGAACUUUAGCUACACGUUCGAUCUAAAGGUGAAGAAAGACACACAGCUAACGGCAUUGAUUGGAUAUUUUGACACCUUUUUUGAGCUGCCGGAGCACAUCGAAUUCUCCACAUCGCCGUACUCGCGACCGACACACUGGAAGCAGACAAUCUUCUACCUGGAAGAGCCGGUGCCGGUAAAGGAAGGGCAAACGAUCGCCGGGAAGUUUGUCUGUCGCCGUGACCCAAAGGACGUGCGCUCGCUGUUUAUCAACAUUGAAGUUUUGAACAUGGUUCUGAAGUAUACACUUAACUAGCAGGUAGGAAUACUGAUACUGAUCAGUUAAAGGUGCAACCGCAAAUGGCGUAUCAAACAAGCGGGGGCAGAGAUUGAAUUGAAUUGCAAUCGGGAAUCACUCCAAUCCAAAUAGCAAGCCCAACUUUCUGUUGAACUAGAAGAGAAACAAAGCGGAAAAAGCGAGUGGACUGUUGCACCCAAAGGAAAAGACGUGUAGACGCUUGUACGCUUGAUGCAGGAAUGAAUCUUUAUUCAAAGUUAAAGUGUGUGUGUGU